GUUCUAGCCCUACUUGGACUUGUGCUUAACGGACAGCUACUCCACUGUCCAUUUCUGUGGUUAUCCAGCAAGCAGAUCCCCAUGCUACCAUGUCUCGACACCGGAAUGUUCGCCAGUUGGGCCUUGAUGAUAUUUCUUUGUACGAUGAGGCCUUGGCUAGUUCACUGGACGACGAUUCCACCGUUUCUCCCAACUCUGUUGAGUAUUUAUUCGAUCGAAACAAACAGGAUUCUCGAGCUGUUUCACUUUUCGCCAGCCAAAGCAAUGCACCACUGCAGUUCACUGCGGAAGACUUCCCCAUGAACGAGGCCUUGCCUAAUGAUGGAUCUCCAGGCUAUGUCACUGGUCGUAUUCAUGGAGACAUACCUGGAGACAGCGAUCAGUUUGGAGUUCUGGAUGCCGUUCAAGAUAAUUUAGAGCUUACGCAGCGGAUCACUGGUGACACCAAUAAUGCACACCCCCUAACGUUUCCCAUCGAUGAAUUUCGUGUUUCUUCUCCACCCAUUGGGAUGCGUGUGCCUUUCAAUAACCCUGACGUGUUAGAUUUCGAUCUCUUGGAGCAACUUGUGGCCCAGAAAGUAUCUCCACUAAACCCCUUGACUCCCGUCUGUACGACCCUCAGCGGACGCAGUGCGCAUAGCAUAGUUGCGUCAUCACCCGUCCCCCAUUUCGAAGCCACAAUCCUUUCGAAAUCAAACAUGGAUCGACUCAAGUCAGGGCUAACCUUUGUGACUAAGCAUCACCUCUCCCCAGCUAUCGUGAUGCCAUCGGGCAACUCCAGGUUGCUUCCGAACGUUUCCGAGUCACGCUUGACCUCAAAGGGUUGCAAACCUUCUAGUAGGCUAGGCUAUCGCAUGACGAGCUCGUACACUCGGUCACGUAGAUCAUUUGGUCCUGUCGAUUUGAUUCUACUUGGUAAUCUGCACUUGUUCAUCAGAUCCCGAGCUACAUCAUUAUAUGAUUUAUUGCAAAACAACCAAAUCGGAAUCGAGCCUUUUCGUUUCAAUGUUCCUGAGCCACUUGUAUCAGAUCGCCCUGCUCGGAGUGUUACUGGACAAUUCGGGAGUUUCCUGCCCUCUCCGCGACAAAAGAACCGCUCGCACACCCUCGUAACAUCUGAACGUCCAGAACCUCGACGAAGUGCGGUGGUUCCUACACCUGAAGAAUCUGCGGGCUCUACUAAUUUGGCAACAUGUCUGCAGCAAAAGUUGACUGUCUCACAGCCCAAGGAACGUCAAACUCCCACACGCCCUUUGGCCGCUGGUGGUCCGACGCCUUCCAGUCCUAGUAAACCUAUCGACCGGAAGCCCCUAAUCGCCGAAUAUUUGGCACGGCAAAAGAGCCUUGGAGUACAUAAGGAUGUGGUUAAUCUCAUUGUGGUCGGUCACGUUGAUGCCGGUAAAAGCACUUUAAUGGGUAACCUGUUGUGUCGUCUUGGUCAUGUCUCAAAGAAGCAAUUGGCCAAAUACCGCUGGGAGGCUCAAAAGCUGGGCAAAUCAUCGUUCGCAUACGCAUGGGUUUUGGAUCAGACUUCUGAAGAGCGCAACCGAGGUGUGACCAUGGAUAUAGCACAGACUUCAUUCGCCACCAAGUGUAAAAGGGUGGUCCUUAUGGAUGCACCGGGACACAAAGAUUUCGUUCCUCGCGUGAUCGGUGGUGCAUCGCAAGCAGAUGUCGCACUGUUGGUGGUGAAUGCCACAAACGGAGAGUUUGAGACCGGGUUUGGUGUGGGAGGUCAGACUAGGGAGCACGCACGACUUGUGCGCCUUCUGGGUGUCUCACGCCUCAUCGUGGCAGUGAACAAAAUGGACACCGUGAACUGGGACCGCAAACGCUUUGAAUCCAUUCAGACUCAAAUGACCAGCUUUCUAAAGACACUUGGCCUCUCUGGCACUACUUUCUGUCCUGUCUCGGGGCUUACCGGGACGAACAUAUUGCCGGCGGAUGAAAAUCCCGUUAUCAGUGAUAGUGUGUCUGAUGAAGGAUUUUUCUCUUGGUAUAAGGGACCUUCACUUAUCGAUAUUAUUGGCUGA